UUGGUCUGACGCGCACAGCCGGAUCCAGAUGAGCUGUAGAUCAGGAGACGCGGGGCUAAUUCUCUGCACUAGCUGCAGCUUUACUAGCAACAGACAGAACUGUCAUGCGAAUCAGCUGUACGAACAAGGAAGGGAUCAACAACAAUAGGGCAUUUUCCACAAGAAGGAAAGCAGCAGGAUGGCGGGGGCAGAGGUAUGCACCCCUGCAAACCCCACCUGCAAAAUUAUGACCUUCAGGCCAACCAUGGAGGAAUUCAAAGACUUCAAUCAGUAUUUGGUGUACAUGGAGUCCCAAGGAGCCCAUCGAGCAGGUUUGGCAAAGGUUAUACCACCAAAAGGAUGGAAACCUCGACGCACAUAUGAUGAUAUAGAUGACUUAAUGAUUGAUGCCCCCAUCCAGCAGAUGGUAGCAGGCCAGUCAGGGCUGUUUACUCAGUAUAAUAUCCAGAAGAAGCCACUAAGUGUACAAGAGUUUCGGAGAUUAGCGAAUAGUGACAUGUACUGCACCCCACGCUACUUAAAUUAUGAAGAUCUUGAGAGAAAGUACUGGAAGAACCUCACAUUUGUCUCACCUAUAUAUGGUGCUGAUGUCGGUGGCAGCCUUUAUGAUGAGGAUGUAGAGGAGUGGAACAUUGGCCACUUAAACUCCAUCUUGGAUGUGAUAGAGGAAGACUGUGGUGUAUCCAUCCAGGGUGUUAAUACUCCAUACCUGUAUUUUGGGAUGUGGAAAACUUCAUUCUCAUGGCACACUGAAGACAUGGACCUGUACAGUAUCAACUACCUACACUUUGGAGAACCCAAGUCUUGGUAUGCUAUACCCCCCGAGCAUGGAAAGAGACUUGAGCGCUUGGCCACAGGCUUUUUCCCCAAUAGCUUCAAGGGCUGUGAAGCUUUUCUUCGGCACAAAAUGACUUUAAUUUCUCCCUCCAUACUCAAGAAGUAUGGUAUUCCCUUUGAUAAGAUAACUCAAGAAGCUGGAGAGUUUAUGAUCACGUUUCCUUACGGCUACCACGCUGGCUUCAAUCAUGGCUUCAACUGUGCAGAAUCCACUAAUUUUGCUACAGUUCGUUGGAUAGAUUAUGGGAAAGUGGCGACACAGUGUACAUGUAGCAAGGACAUGGUUAAGAUCUCCAUGGAGCCUUUUGUGAAGCGCUUUCAGCCUGAUCGUUACGCCAGCUGGAUGUUAGGUAAAGAUUCUGUGCCACUUGAUCACACCAUGGCCACUCCUCGUACAACACCUGAACUCCAGAGCUGGCUCCAAAGACGGCGCAAGAAUAAGCCAACCAAUAAAGGUACUCCGUCCCGCAUGGGGUCUAAGCGUCUGAGAACCACAGAGGAGCCUGUUGGGCUGGACAAAUGCUCAGAAGUGUCCAACUGCAAGAAGAAGGGCACCGCAGGUCCACUAGGGCCCAAAGUGUGGAGGCCGAAAGCAGGACUACCCAACGCCAAGAAAAAACAAAAUAGACAAGUAGACACAAAACGAAAAUUGAUCCCAAACUCCAUAGAAUUUUCUGAUGCUUGCAGACAAAUGUGUGUGGUCAAAGUAAAUCGAGUGGAGAGUGAUCUGGGCUUUUCAAACCUUUUCCCUAAAGCCUCUGUGACCAUGACCAAGAAUGACACAAAUGAGACAGACACUAGUAGUGAUUCACAACACUCCUCAGGACAUGUAGAACGGACUCUUGUAGGUAAUACUCACUGUCCUGAGUCUUGCUCUUCUCAACUACCAGACCUCUCUACAUCUCAGGACUGUCCCACCAGGACUCCCUCCCCAAAAGGCGACGCCUACAGCACAGCUGUCCACUCAAAUGUGUCUCAGACUGAAACAUGUCUGAGUGUUUCUGCAGCUCAGACCUGGAGUUGUCUGAGUCAGUCACCAAAGACAGUCCCUGGGAAUUGUAGAAACUAUGUAGAAUCACACAAAAUGGACAUAGACCCACAACAUAUCAGCACAAACACUGAAGCACUUUAUAAGAAACGAGAGCCAGCAGAGGGAGGCACACUUUGUGACUUGAUGUCCCCUUCAGAUCACAGCAGCAUUUUAAAAGACAGCAACACUGAGAAGAACCUUCUACCUCCUCUGCUACAUAUGAAUGCAGUGGAUAUGCCACAUCUAAACCCUGAGCCAGCAGAUCAGCUUGGAACCUGCCCUUUGCCGCCUGUAUUGACCCAAGAGAUGCCAUCUCUUACCCCUGCUGACGAGGGGCCAACUCAUGACCAGAAAUGUAGAUUGUACACUCACCAAAGUGCGCCUGUGCUGCAGCCUGAAGCGCCGUCUGACUCCUCAUCGUCACAAGGCGUGCAGCAAGCUCCAAUAAACCUGCACCUCUCAGAAUCAGUGCCUGUAAAUCAUCAGGAUUCUCAUUGUAGUAAAGACGUGUUGUCAAAGGACAAUAGAACCGAUUUAACCACAGUUACAAUGCACAAACUAACUUCCAAUGACAGUGUUUUUCCUGGACACAGCAGAGCUAUCACUGGAGCCCCUGUCCAAACGUCAAAUCUCCAAAUAGAACAACAGUCUAUCUCAUGUAAUGACCAUCUGAAGCUCUCUGCAUUCUCAGAAGUAGAUGAUGCAGUAACGAGCAUUUCGGAUUCAAAUGAGAUUGCACACAGUGAUAUUAGUACAGACCACUUUGCUCCCUUGUGCACACAAAAUCACUCGGUGAUGCACUCUUCUUCACACUGUUCGCCUUCCACAGUGCCAAAACCCUGCACCAACCUCUGGUCAAACUUUGAUUCUCAAAGUUCUGCAAUGGUCAAUCCUGAGCUCACAUCAGACUUUGCCCACGAGUCUCUUUCUUACACCAUGUGGACUGAACCUCAGUGCAAACAGGUGUCAGACUCUGACGAUCUGCAGCUGUGCGGGUCAAACAGCCAGGAGGGGGAGAGUGGGGCUUUUACCUGGGCACAGCUGCAGCCCACUUCUCUGCUCAACGCUGUGGAGCCUCUUGACCCCACUGAAGAUUAUGAGCUUCUGAGCGGAGAGUCUGAUGAAAUGGAAGCUCUUCCACAUUUCCCAGAGUUGAGGAGAGAAAGAAAGAGAGAACCAGAACAAGAUGGGACAUCCGAUUUGGAUGAUGUGGAGUCAGAUGGAGAGGAGGAAGAGAAGCAGUACAGUGCCAAGAGCAGUAGUGAUUCAUUUGAUGAAGAGGAUGACAAUGAUCCUAGGAACAGUGAGGGUGGUGAUUCUGCUCUGGGACUUGGAAAGUAUGCUGCACUAUCCAUCAGGAGGACGGCUAAGAGCUGGCGUCACCCACUCAGGAAGCCCACUGCACGGGCUGUACCGACGGCUGUCAAACAGCAGACUGUCAGUGAUGAAGAACCACCUGAAGCAAGUCUGGCAGAAGAAGAGGAACGGGAAAUGGAGGCCUGGGCAAAGCCCCUCCUCCACCUCUGGCAGAAUAAGAAGAGCUGCUUUUCUGCAGAAAAGGAGUACAAUGCGUUUAUUGCCACGAUGCAGCCAUACUGUGCUGUGUGUGCGCUCUUCAUGCCUUAUGAUCAGGCUGAAGACAAAGCAGAGGAGUUCAGGUCCCCAGGAUUUGAGAACAUGUCCUCACCUUCCAGUCCCACCCACUUCACUAAAGGUCCUACACGGAGCAAACCUUUAAUUCCAGAGAUCUGCUUUUCUUUUCGGGAACAAAACUCUCCUCCAACUCCCACAAACCCUCUGCUGCAGGAGGAUGGCACCUCCCUCUUACUAAAUUGCCAAGGCUGUUGUCUACAAGUUCAUGCAAGUUGCUAUGGCGUUACCACAGAUGUCAUCAGUGAACGCUGGUCAUGUGAUCGAUGUACCGAAGAAUGUGUUACAGCAGAAUGCUGCCUUUGUAAUCUCAGAGGCGGGGCUCUAAAGAAAACCCAAAAUGACAAAUGGGCCCACGUGAUGUGCGCUAUAGCUCUGCCAGAGGUGCGGUUCGGUGACGAAGCCAAGAGGAGUCCCAUUGACACCAGCAGGAUCCCAAUGCAGCGCUUUAAACUGAACUGUAACUACUGUCAGAAGAGGUGUCUGGGGAAGCGGCAGACUGGAGCUUGUGUACAGUGUUCAUAUGGAAGAUGUCCCACCUCUUUUCAUGUGACCUGUGCUCACGCGGCAGGUGUCUCCAUCGAGCCAGACGAUUGGCCGUAUGUGGUGUCGAUCACCUGCCACAGACAUCAGAUGCAAGGCUCCUCAGCUAAACUGCAGGGGAUCCAGGGGUCCAUCUCUAUGGGCCAGAUGGUUAUAUCCAAACACAAGAACCUGCGAUACUACAGCUCUAAAGUCACACAGAUCACUUCCCAAACCUUCUACGAGGUCAUGUUCGACGACGGCUCUUUCUCUAAUGACACCUACCCAGAAGACAUCGUGAGCAGAGAUUGUGUAAAGAUGGGUCCUCCUGAAGUAGGGGAAGCUGUUCAAGUCAAAUGGCCUGAUGGACUUUUCUACGGCGCUAAAUAUCUGGGAUCAAACAUCUCCUACAUGUACCAGGUGGAGUUUGAGGAUGGGUCUCAGGUACUGGCAAAAAGAGAAGAUAUCUACACUUUAGAGGAGGACUUGCCCAAAAAAGUCAAACGUAGACUUUCCACAGCAUCCAGCAUGCGUUUCCAGGACGCCUUCUUUACCACACAAGGAGAAAGGAAACGUCAAAGAACUCCAAAUUUGCGCUUCCAAAAAGACUAUGUGGCUUUGCCAGGCCUCCGUACAACUGCCAAAAGCUCCUGGGAGCCACGCAGCCCUAAAGGGAAAUGAACACAUGGAGACUGUGACUGAUAAAUGCACUGAAUGAGCCAUGGAUGUAAACAGAGCGUCAUGGCUGUUUUGUGUGCGUGUGUGUGUGAGUGUGUUUGUGAGAGUGUGUGUACAACCAUCAACCAUCAUGAAUCUGCUCCAUUUUUCAGCAUUACCGAAUUUACCUGUAAACUGAAUGCCGGGCAACACUAAAGGGAAUGUGUGCUGUAUUUUGCUGUAUGUUUAAUUAUGAUCAUGGUGCUUGGACAUUUUAUCGCAGAGAUCGAGUGGGACUUUUUUUGUAAAUUUGAUUUGUCGGCUGGACUGAGGUGCACAGGCGACAGACGUGGAGUCUGAACUGCUUUGCUCUGUCAGAUCAGUCAGGGAAAUGUGUCGGGGGAAGUUUUCUGUGUACAUAAACUAAAGUUUAGAAUUUUCUAGCUUUGGUAGCUUUGGGGGUCUGAUUUUAUUUUGAGUAUUUAAGCACUUUCUUUUUAUUAUUUUCUUCAUAUCUUAACUGCGCCCUCUGCAUGUUUAACAUAGUCUCCCAAACGCUUUUGCUGGACCUUGUCUGUGCAGUACCAAGGCUUUCUUCCUGUAUAUUGUAAAAGAAGGCGGACAAAUGAUCAGCUGUUCAAGUUGAAACAAACAUUUAUUUUGUAGAAGAUUGGUUCUAUGAUAAUCCAGGAAAAGCUCCAGGCAGGAAGCCAUGUCCUCUGCAUUAGACAUUUCCCAAUGUGAAAUGCUACUGUUGCUCUUUUAGAUGAAACACAUGUUGAAAUUAUUUAAAACUUGUAUUUAUUUUUGGCUUGCUAUAGUUUCUCCAUUGUUAAUUGCUGUAAGAAAACAAAUUGGAAAAAUACAUAUGUUUUGUUAUUAA